AAAGAAUCAAAGAAAGUGCCGAACCCAGCCGGAGACCCAAGAAGGCCAACAUGGCAUUCAAAGCGACUCUAUACCUGACCUGCCUCGGGCUGCUGGGCCUCAUCCGCGCCCAGGAGAACAACGUCCUGUUCGAGACCAUCAACUUCCUGCGCCGCGGCCAGGCCGACCUGGAGCUGGAGAACCACGACAACUAUGUCGUCCUCGAGCCGGAGUAUGACUUCAUCGUGGUGGGGGCCGGCACGGCGGGAUGUGCCCUGGCCGCCCGGCUCUCCGAAAACCCCAAGUGGCGCGUCCUACUGCUGGAGGCUGGCGGGCCCGAGCGCCUCGUGAUGGACGUGCCGAUCGUAGCCCACUUCCUGCAGCUCGGCGAGAUGAACUGGAAGUACCGGACCCAGCCCUCGGACCACGCCUGCCUGGCGAUGAACAACAACCGCUGCAACUGGCCGCGCGGCAAGGUGGUCGGCGGCAGCUCCGUCCUCAACUACAUGAUGUACACGCGCGGCAACCGCCGGGACUACGACCGGUGGGAGGAGCUGGGCAACCCCGGCUGGAGCUACAAGGACGUGCUGCCGUACUUCAAGAAGUACGAGGGCAGCAGCGUGCCCGACGCCGAGGAGGACUACGUGGGCCGCAACGGGCCCGUCAAGAUCAGCUACGUCAACUGGCGCUCCAAGAUAUCGGAGGCGUUCGUGGAGGCCGCCCAGGAGGACGGGCUCAAGUACCGGGACUACAACGGGCGCAUCCAGAACGGAGUGGCGUUCCUGCACACCACCACGCGCAACUCGACGCGCUGGAGCUCCAACCGCGCCUACCUCUACCCCCUGAAGGGCAAGCGCCCCAACCUGCACAUCAAGAAGUUCGCCCUCGUCACCAAGGUGCUGAUCGACCCCCAGACCAAGACCGCCUACGGCAUCAUGGUGCAGGCCGACGGGCGCAUGCAGAAGAUCCUGGCCCGCCGCGAGGUGAUCGUCUCCGCGGGCGCCAUCAACACCCCCCAGCUGCUGAUGUUGUCGGGCGUGGGCCCGGCCAAGCACCUCCGGGAGGUGGGCAUCAAGCCGAUCGCCGACCUGGCCGUGGGCUACAACCUGCAGGACCACACGGCGCCAGCGGUCACCUUCACCACCAACGCUACCUCUCUGAAGUUUGAGGACUUUGCCGAUCCGACGCUCAUCAACCGUUUCAACCGGAUGGAGGGUCCUUACGGCUCACCGGGCGGCUGUGAAGCCAUCGCCUUCUGGGACCUGGACCACGAGCGCGACGAGGACGGCUGGCCGGACAUCGAGCUGUUCCUGGUGGGCGGAUCCAUGUCCUCCAACCCGGCCAUCUCGCGGGCCUUCGGCCUCAAGAAGUCCAUCUACGACUCGCUCUUCGCCGAGAUCGAGGACAAGUCGCUGAACGCGUUCAUGAUCUUCCCCAUGAUCCUGCGCCCCAAGAGCCGCGGCCGCAUCAUGCUGAAGAGCACCGACCCCUUCAAGUAUCCCCUCAUCCACGCCAACUACUUCGCCCACCCCUACGACGUGGACAUCUCGGUGCGGGGCCUCCUCAAGGCCAUCAGCCUGAUGAACCAGAAGGGCAUGCAGGCCAUCAACGCCAAGCUGUGGGAGAAGAAGAUCCCCACCUGCAAGCAGCACCCCUACAAGUCGUGGGCCUACUGGGCCUGCUACGUCCGCCACUUCACCUUCACCAUCUACCACUACUCCGGCACCGCCAAGAUGGGCCCCAAGUCCGACAGGGCCGCCGUCGUCGACCAUCGCCUGCGCGUCCACGGCAUCAAGAACCUCCGCGUGGCCGACGCCAGCAUCAUGCCGGAGAUCAUGUCCGGCCAUCCGAACGGACCCGUCUUCAUGAUUGCCGAGAAGGCGGCCGAUAUGAUCAAGCAGGAUCACGGAUACAUCCAGUAAUCCCAGGGGAUAGUUGCUAGUUCUUAGUCCAAAGCCGAUCGUCAUCAUCAUCAGGUGUAGGCCCCACUGCCACCGGCCCUGUACCAUCCCCUGCUUCCAUCCCAUCCCUCCCGGCCGGUCUUUGUGGGGCUUAGCUUUUAAGGAAUCACUGUUUGUUUUUAUGUUUAAUUCUCUCUUGCCUGAACUGAUUCUACUUUAAGUCUAGACCCGUAAGCCACAAGGAAACCUUAUGAACAAA